ACGUUUUCUUCAAUAAAUUAAUUCACAUUUGAACGCAAACGCAAACAAUUAUCAUCAACAAUCAAUUCAAUUUCAGUGUGCAUGGUGUACACCAUCUACUCCUCCUCCAGAGCUGGAGUAGAUGGUGUAUGCACCAACUACACCAAUGCAUUACACCAGAGUACACCCGAUUGAAUAGAACACAAACUUGCCUGCACUAGUGUAAAAAAAAAAUGAACAAAAAUCCUACACUUUCUACACCAGUGUACACUAGUGCAGUAAAUUUGUGCGAAAAGAACAAAGCUUCUGACUCCACAGUUCACACCCCACCCCACCUACCCUAAACCUAAAAUCAUCUUUGAAAUUUUUUGUAAUCAAUCAAAUCUGUCUCACACUUUUUUUGAUAAUUUUUUUUCAAAUAAAAUCAAUAUUUUGUAUCAUUUGUGCUUUAUGUUCACAUUUUUCAUUGAAAAUUUAAUUCGAAACGGUGACUGAGUGACUGCAUUUCAUUUAAAUCAUUCUCACCACUACUUACCUGAAGUUCGAUUACACAUUCUGAUCAACAUUCAACAUGCACUGUAAAGUGCUAAACGAUAUCAACAAAAUUCAUUCGAUGUUUGAUCGAAGUUUGAUCCGGAAGAUUUUUCACCAAAGAAGUUACAAAACGUCUGCCGUUAAAUCUCUUUCAGCAUUGCCUGCUACGGAAGUCCAGCCCGCAACAAAUGUCGACAGUAACUCUGAACGGAAAUUCGUAAAUCCAUUGAGAUUCCCUGAUUAUUUCGAGGUGCAAAAUCUAUUCACCGUUAAAGACUUAUUUGAUGCGAGAGUACAUUUAGGUCAUAAAGUGGGUUCUCUAAAUGAGAAAAUGAGCCCUUACAUUUUUGGAUCACGUUUCGAUCACAUUAUAUUUGAUUUAGAGCAAACUGCCAUUCAUUUAAGAAAUGCAUUGAAUGUCACAGCGCACAUAGCUUACAGAGGUGGGAUAAUUUUAUUCGCCGGUCAUUAUCCUCAACAUUGUCAACUGAUAGAGCAAACUGCUAUUGAAUGUAAAGAAUAUGCAAUGACAAGAUAUUGGAGAAGAGGUCUAUUUACAAACUCAACGCAACUGUUUAAAGGCACCAUUCGAUUACCGGAUUUAGUCAUUAUGUUGAAUACUCUUAAUAAUGUUUUAAAUCAGCAUGAAUUAGUAAGAGAAGCUGCUAAAUCGAAUAUACCGUCAAUAGCUGUAGUGGAUAGUAACUGCGACCCUACAAUUGUGACAUACCCUGUUCCCGGAAAUGAUGAUACACCAUCCGCAAUACAGUUGUACCUAAGUUUAUUUAAACAGGCGAUUUUAAAAGGUAAAGAAAUUCGUCAAAAAGAAUUUGAAAAUUAAAAUUUGUUGUCUCCAGAAGUUCGAUUGAAUAUUAUGAAGUAUAUUUUUUUGUUUCAAUUAAACGCGUUUGUAAUUCUU